UUGUCCUGUGCGCCGAAUCCAGAAGGGUGGCUAAGGGUGGAAGGGCAGCAGCUGUAGAGAGGGCCAGAAGCGGGCAGGGAGGGGUCCGCGGGCCAGAGAGCCGCGCAACCCUGUCCUGGGCCCUCCAAGGCUGGCUGGGGAGCGCACAGGCCGGCUGGUCACUCGUGGGAAGGAAAGGCCCCUUCCCCGUAAGGCAUUACUCCCCUUUCCCCAGGCUGGGCGGCCUGAGAGUGCAGGCGGAGAGAGCUCCGGGUCCCGCGCUCGUAAUCAUGACCUCGGGGCCCCCUCCGGCCUGCGUGAGCGCGUCGGCGAGGCUGGGCAGCCUCCGCGGCCAGGGCCGUGUAACAUGACCCGAGCGGCCGGCCGGCCACCGCGGCGCGGCCAUUGAGCCCUCCCUGCCCAUGAAUCUCUGGCGCGUCUCUAGCUCUCUCGCCAGCUCGCCUCCUGCUUCCCUUUCUCCCCCUCCAGCUCCGCGGGCUCCGUGCGCCUCUCUGUCGCGGUCCUCCCGCUGCCCGUCUCUCUCCACUGCCCGCCUCUCGCCACCGCCUCCCGUCUUCUCUCCCUCACGGCAGCCUCCGUCUCUUUCUCCCUCUCUCCUUUGAAAACUGAUCUUUGGCUCUUAGUGUGAAAGUGAUUUGAAUUUGGCUCGGUGGCGCUCUGCGCCUGCGCCCAGCCUCUGGCAUGCUGGCUCCUUCCAAGCAGCUGUUUUGGGUUUGAAAUUCCAACAUGGCAGAGGCUGCAGUCCGUCUUCCCUUCAAAAACUUGGAAUGAUUUCAAAUCAUAGGCACCUUCACUUAACCCAAGCUUCCAUUCAUCAGCAAACACAUCGGAUCGAUGCUACGCUAACCUAUCGGCUUUUCGCUCCGCGCGUUCAGGUUAAAUGAAUACCUGACGAAAGGGCCCACGUUUCAAGGCAGUGACAUUUGAUAGCUGAGAGGAAAAGUGGCUUUAAUGAAAAGCAACCUUUGGAAUUCCUGCUUGUGAGAAAUCCAAUUCAGCUUUUUGUGCUGCCAGCAAGAAAUGAUCAGUAGCACCAGUGUUUAUGAUUGUGUCUCAAAUGUGUGGCCUAAAGGAACCAGAGCUACAAACCUAAAAGGCUGGAAAGUGGGCAAGUGCUGACACUCUGGCAGCUCUGCUGUUGCAAAUUAAAAGUGUGUUGUGGUCAGGAAAUGAAAGCUACAAUGUCUCUUUUGAACAAGUCGUUUAUCAAGAGAAACAUCUAUCAGGGACUGCCUUGUCACAUUGAUCCUCUAAAAGUUAGGUCCGAGGUGGAAGCUGCUUUGAUGUUUUUGAUCCUAAAUUUAAUACAACAGAAAAAAAGCAAGGAUAUUUGGACCAGAAUAGAUUUUUAAAAAAUGUUUCCUGGAACCAAGAUCUAUUUAUUAGUAUUGUACUAUGUGUGAAGUUUUUUGAACACAACAGUUGAAAAGUUGAAGGGGAAACCCCAGCCUUUAUAAAUGGCUGGUUGUUAAAAUAUAUAUUUAUAGUAUAUUCAGCUAUGGCUGGCUUCUUGGUUCACAUGGACAUUUUGAAAAUAGAUUGCAUUAAAGGAAAAAUUAUCUUGAAAAUGUGUUUCGGAGCAAUUUGCAGAGAUCAGAGCUUUCAUUCAUUCAAAUUUUAGAGUUGCCCUCUUCCUUUCUUCCUCCUCUUUUAAUGCUUCAUUUCUAUUUCCUGUCUUCAUUCCAUGUGUGACAUAUUAGCUUUUAUUUGGAACAUAAGCAUUAAGCAUUUUUUCUGUAAAAACCAUCUCUCCAAAAUAUGCUUGCUCACAUCAUGUCUAUUGUUCAUUAAUUGUGCCUGUGGAUGGUUAUCAGUAUAAACUACAUGGACUCAUGAGGCUUUCAGAACUUCAGAUUAAAAAUAUAGGCUUGAAGAUGCAGUGGACGCCAGAGCAUGCCCAGUGGCCAGAACAGCACUUUGACAUCACCUCGACCACUCGGUCUCCUGCCCACAAGGUUGAAGCCUACAGAGGUCAUCUGCAGCGCACCUAUCAGUAUGCCUGGGCGAAUGAUGACAUAUCUGCUCUGACUGCAUCCAACCUACUAAAAAAAUAUGCAGAGAAGUAUUCUGGCAUUUUGGAAGGCCCUGUGGACCGACCUGUACUCAGCAACUACUCAGAUGCACCAUCAGGACUAGUGAAUGGUCGGAAAAAUGAAAGCGAACCCUGGCAGCCUUCCUUGAAUUCAGAAGCUGUUUAUUCCAUGAACUGUGUUCCAGAUGUCAUCACUGCCAGCAAAGCUGGAGUUAGUUCAGCCCUCCCUCCAGCAGAUGUCUCUGCAAGUAUAGGGAGCUCUCCUGGGGUGGCCAGCAACCUGACAGAACCUAGUUAUUCCAGUAGUACCUGUGGAAGCCACACUGUACCUAGUCUUCAUGCAGGGCUCCCAUCUCAGGAAUAUGCCCCAGGAUACAAUGGAUCAUAUUUGCAUUCUACGUACAGUAGCCAAGCAGCACCUGCACUUCCCUCACCUCAUCCAUCUCCUCUGCAUAGCUCUGGGCUCCUACAGCCACCACCGCCACCUCCUCCGCCACCAGCCCUGGUCCCAGGCUACAAUGGGACUUCUAACCUCUCCAGUUAUAGCUAUCCCUCUGCUAGCUAUCCUCCUCAGACUGCUGUGGGAUCUGGGUACAGCCCUGGGGGUGCACCUCCUCCUCCUUCAGCGUACCUGCCUUCAGGAAUUCCUGCUCCUACCCCUCUGCCUCCAACCACAGUUCCUGGCUACACCUACCAAGGUCAUGGUCUGACACCUAUUGCACCCUCAGCCCUGACAAACAGUUCAGCAAGCUCUCUCAAAAGAAAAGCUUUCUAUAUGGCAGGGCAAGGGGAUAUGGACUCCAGUUAUGGAAAUUACAGCUAUGGCCAACAGAGAUCUACACAGAGUCCUAUGUACAGAAUGCCCGACAACAGCAUUUCAAACUCAAAUCGGGGGAAUGGCUUUGACAGAAGUGCUGAAACAUCAUCCUUAGCAUUUAAGCCAACGAAGCAGCUAAUGUCCUCUGAACAGCAAAGGAAAUUCAGCAGCCAGUCCAGUAGGGCUCUGACCCCUCCUUCCUACAGUACUGCUAAAAAUUCACUAGCAUCAAGAUCCAGUGAAUCCUUUGGGAAGUACACGUCACCAGUCAUGAGUGAGCAUGGGGACGAGCACAGGCAACUCCUCUCUCACCCAAUGCAAGGCCCUGGGCUCCGUGCAGCUACCUCAUCCAACCACUCUGUGGACGAGCAACUGAAGAAUACUGACACACACCUCAUUGACCUGGUAACCAAUGAGAUCAUCACCCAAGGACCACCGGUGGACUGGAAUGACAUUGCUGGCCUUGACCUAGUGAAGGCUGUCAUUAAGGAAGAGGUUUUAUGGCCAGUGUUGAGGUCAGAUGCAUUCAGUGGACUGACAGCCUUACCACGGAGCAUCCUUUUAUUUGGACCUCGAGGAACAGGCAAAACCUUAUUAGGCAGGUGCAUAGCUAGUCAGCUGGGGGCCACAUUUUUCAAAAUCACUGGUUCUGGCCUAGUUGCCAAGUGGCUAGGAGAAGCAGAGAAAAUUAUCCAUGCCUCUUUCCUUGUGGCCAGAUGUCGCCAGCCCUCGGUGAUUUUUGUUAGUGACAUUGACAUGCUUCUCUCCUCUCAAGUGAGUGAGGAACACAGUCCAGUCAGUCGGAUGAGAACCGAAUUUCUGAUGCAGCUGGACACUGUACUAACAUCGGCUGAGGACCAAAUCAUAGUAAUCUGUGCCACCAGUAAACCAGAAGAAAUAGAUGAGUCUCUUCGGAGGUAUUUCAUGAAACGACUUUUAAUCCCACUUCCUGACAGCACAGCGAGGCACCAGAUAAUAGUACAACUGCUCUCACAGCACAAUUACUGUCUCAAUGACAAGGAGUUUGCACUGCUUGUCCAGCGCACAGAAGGCUUUUCUGGACUAGACGUGGCUCACUUGUGUCAGGAAGCAGCGGUGGGGCCCCUCCAUGCCAUGCCAGCCACAGACCUCUCAGCCAUUAUGCCCGGCCAGUUGAGGCCCAUUACAUAUCAAGACUUUGAAAAUGCUUUCUGCAAGAUUCAGCCUAGCAUAUCUCAAAAAGAGCUUGAUAUGUAUGUUGAAUGGAACAAAAUGUUUGGUUGCAGUCAGUGAUAACUUCUUUUAAAAAAAGUGUAAUGAAUGUUGGCACACGCACAUAAAACCUGCUACAUAGGGUAUAGAGUCCCUUUCCAGUAGUGUUUAAAUUGCAAAGGGUACUGGGGAAGACGAUGAUUAAGUUGCAUCUUUAGAGUCAGGGUAGAUUUGGAGAAAAAAAUGCAUCAAAUAAGAGCUUCUGAUUUGAAAGCCCCAGGUGACAGAAAGCAUCUGUUGAUGCUCAGUUUGGUUCAAGCUAGACAACACUCACCAAGGAGCAAGGUGCAAGUGUGUUGACUUCAGAAGGACAUGAACCUCGUGUGUUGAUUCCAUUCUGCUGUUCUCGAGAUUUAGUUGCUGUCAAGUGCCUGGAGUGGUGCUUUAUUUUUUGUUUGCCUCACAAUUACAUUGGUGGCAUGUGCUAAUAUAAAGAGCUUUAACUUCAAACAUUAUUGGACUAAAGAGAUGAACGGUUGUGUUAUGACAGAAAACCAGAUUUUUGCCAUUUUAAGAGCAACAGUAUUCCUCAAUCCUGUCUGUUCUACAGUAUUAAGCUAAGAACAGGUAAAACAGGGUAACGGUAAUCUGGACCUUAAUUUCUGCAGUUCAUUUCUUUUAAUGUUCUUGUCUGCAAAAACUCAGGAAAGCGAUUGUGAUUUGUACAGUACCUCAAAGGAAUGUGUUGAAAGCACUAUGUACUGCUGAGAGUAAUGGGAUAGGCUUCAAUGUUACUUUAUAUUAAAAUGUAUGUUUACCUCAACAAUUGGAAAAUAGCAAGGAAAAUUACUUUGAAUGUAUCCAGAAAAAUAAUUAAGUGUGAUACAACUGAAUAUUUACAAUUUAAAGUAGAAAUGGAAGGAUUUUUUUAAGUUUCUUUUACUAAUUAUGGGGAAUUAACCAGAGCAGAGUAAUUCUUUAUGUCAAUAACUGCAAGAAUUCUUCGUACAUUGCUCCUUGGUAGUGAAGUGAAAAUGUUCUCAAAAGGUACACUGGUUAAUGGAAAGCUACUUCUUCAGUUUGUGUUAGUGUCUAGGACAGUCAGCUGCAAAACCUGUUUAGGACUCUGAAAGUCACAGUGCCCCAAAACUGGGACUGCGUUG